AUGCGAGAUCCGCGUCGCCGGAGCCCCGAGAGCUCUCGGCGGCGAAGAAGAGACCGCCGUGAUUCUCGUGAGCAGCUGGCCGCCGCCGCCGCCACCACCACCACCACCCUUUCCCCCAUCCCCGGCCCGUCGCAGCAAUACCAACAACUACAACAACAACAACAGCCGCUCCCCCACAUGUACUCUCAAUCGCAAUACCCUCAGUCUUACGCUGACCCUCAGAGAUACCCCGAACCCGAGAGAUACUCAGCCCGUCUCGAGAGAUACGACGACCCUCAGAGAUACACCCACCCUCAACCACAAUCAUACCCUCACCCCGAGCAAUACCCUCCAACAGAGGUCUUUGUGAAUCCUCUAGGCUAUACCGAACAGCAGCCAUAUGUCGAGCCCCAGACAUACCAACAACCUCGCGAACCCGAGACGAUGCGCCCCCGCGGUGGCUCUAGCUCAUCCUCAUCCUCCUCUACCUCAUCCUCCCUCCUUAACAUCUCAGCCAAGAGCCCCAAAUUCGGCGGAGUUUUUAGCACAUUCUUCAGGGCGCCUUCGGAGCAGCGCAAACACCGUCGCCGGAAGAAGCAGAAGGCCCGCAUCCUGUCCUUCGGCAAUUCCUCUUCAUCCUCGGUGAACUCCGAUAUGGCCUAUGGCCGCGGCUAUGUUGACCGCGACAAGAGCCAGCGCGCUAGCCCAAUGCCCCAAGGCCGCCCGAGCCCUGCGCUACACCGCGCCGAUGCUGUUGACGCCUCUCACCGGCCGCCCCUGGCCCCUCGGGACAAGACGGACGAAGAAAUCCUCAACAUUGGCCGCCAGCUGCAAGACAUAGCCAGAAAGCAGAACCAGGCUGACCUGAAAGCUGCCUCCAAGUCUCGCACGUCCCAGGUCGCUGGAGUCGCUGGAGCCGCAGCCGCCGCCGCCGCCUUCGGCCAUUUCCGCCCCAAGAGCAAGACUGACAGCAAAGCUCGGGGAUCUGCUACCUCGAAACCUAAUCAAACCGCCUCAUCCUCGGAUGAUGACUGGGAGUCGGCCUCCGAGGAUGAGUCUACCACGGACGAAUCGGACAACGGCCUGGCCUACGGCUCCGUCUUCAAGCCGCCCAAGUCGGCUAGAAUCUCAUCCGAGUCUCCAGAGCAGAUCAAGCCGCCCGAGCGGAGGAGUACCAUUGUAGACCCGCGUCUUUUUGGUCCAGUCAACUCUCUUCGUGGGGCUGUCAAGAGUCCCUGCGGCUUCGGCGAAGAAGACCCACGUUCCGCUGGCUCUUCUCGCCGCCAUCACGAGGAGACGAUAGCACAGGUCGAACUUCCCAAGAGCGGGAAGCAGCCGAUGCAACGCAUCUACCCCGUACCGACCUCAGACCCGGAUAGGUUUGACUACGACCGUGGCUCCGUAGUUUCAUCUCGCCAGGAUCUCCCGCAACGGGCUCGGCCGGAGCCAGUCCCCAUCCAGCAGCCGAUCCCCAUUGUCCCCGUCUCGUCCAAGGUCUAUGAUGCGGAGAGGUUCGAGGAAGAUGAGCGCACCAAACAACACCGGUCGCCGCCCAAGGGGAGGAGUGCCGCAGAGAACGCCAUUGCUGACUCUGGCGAUCGCAGUGAGCGUCGUGACGGCCCUCAAAGCGAAGCCUCAAAGCGGCGAGAAGGCCCCCACGAUCCUCAGCAGAGCCGCCAUAAGGAUGAACCGGAACAGCUGAUUAGGGUCGAACUGGAGGACCGCGAAACCCGCAAGCAAGAUGACCCUCGCCGAUCUCAUCGGCGUAAAGACGCGGACGUAGUCGACGGACGAGACAAGAAACGCGUCGGCCGCUCUGAUCCCGCCUAUGAGGCUUUGAAGAGACGUGCGACCGAGCGUGAUCCUCGCCCGGAAGUCUACAGAUUGCCCCAAGGGGACGAGAUCCGAGUCGAGUAUGACCCCAACGAUGACCGCCGGCCUCGUGAGGAACCCAAAGAACCUCGCCGGGAGGAACGUAAGACGGUAGCCGUAGAUGUCCGCCGGGAGACAGGGCGGCCAGAGAGACCAACUGAGCUACCCCGGGAUAAAUAUGGGGUGGAGCAACCCGAUGCCCCCAGUACACAAGCCCCUAUUGACCCUUUUCAGUUCCAGGUUGCUGAUGAUGCCUUUCAAACGCCCAAAUACGCCACUCCGAAGAGACCUUUGACUCCGCAGGUCGUAACUGUCGACCGAGAGCCUAGCUUCGACAACUCUCCGCCAAGAAAGCCGGAUUACUCGGAGUCGCGAAUGAGCCGGAAGGAUUCCUUCGAGCUCGAGCAGCGAUUGGAACAGUACCAGCAAGCUGCCCAAGACCGUUCCCGCCCCCCUGGACCUCGCCGCCGUGGAGACUCAAUCGAAGAGGAGGAGCGCGUCGCCAAGUCUAUCUACGACGAGGCCAAGAACGCUACUGUGCCCAUCGCCGCGGCUGCCGUCGCCGCCGCAAUCGCCGCCGAAGCCGAGAGAUCACGAAGGCAUCGCCGUGACCAGGUUACCAAGGAUGGCUCCCAUGAUGAAUCCCAGGCCGUCAAGGAUGCCGUCCAGGAGGAGGCUGACAGGUACUACCGCGAGACCGUCAUUGCACGCAAGAUUGCCAAGGAAGAAAUGCGGUCCCGCAGUGCGUCUCCUCACGACGAAUCCGUUGUCGGCAAGUGGCAGGAACACGACAAUGGCCCCGAGGUCGUCACGAUUGUGACGCCACCCGAGAUGGAACACCACCACCACCAUCAGGACAAGAGCCCGUACGACGCACCCAACGCCGAUGUUCGCAUCGAUCAUAUCAUCAUUCCCGAAGAGCUUUCCCGCUUCAGCCUCCCUGGUCGCCAACUCGCAGCCGGCGAAGGACCGAAAUUCCAGUCCCGCGAUCCUUCUUGCGAGCGU